GAAUAUUAGUGCGUGCGCGCAUAAUUAUACGAUAUCGAAGUCAAACCUGAUUAAUUGUUUCCUUCUUACAAGUCACCAUUUUCCAACUUCGUCAUCUUAUUUACCGUUCUGGCCAUAUAGGAAUGAAUGCGUAUCUGCUACUUCUGACCGCACCUCCAGUUGCAGCAAACUCUGAGAGUCCGUGACGCUAACGAAGACGAAGAAGAACAAAAAGAAGAAGAAUACAGAGGGUGUGAGCUGAUCUUAUCUGGUGGAGGCUCAUGUCAUCUCUGUUGUUCUUAUGGCCCACCAUAGCAUUUCUCUUCUUUAUAUGGUUGCCUCCAAUUUCAAGCCUUGGUUCUGUCAGUGGUCCCAUCAAACAUAGGCAUGAGGUAAUCAUAGCACGUCAUGGUGCUGUUGCCACUGAUGAUAAACGAUGUUCCAGAAUAGGGAUGAAAGUUCUUCGUGAAGGAGGUCAUGCUGUUGAUGCAUCAGUGGCUGCUGCUCUUUGCCUGGGAGUCGUAAGUCCAGCAUCAAGUGGAAUUGGUGGAGGAGCCUUUAUGCUUCUCAGGUUAGCCGGUGGGAAGGCACAAGCCUUUGAUAUGAGAGAAACUGCCCCCUUGCAAGCUUCUGUGAAUAUGUAUGCUGGUAAUGCUACACUAAAAACAAAAGGUGCCCUCUCCAUAGCCGUUCCAGGGGAACUUGCAGGCCUUCACGAGGCUUGGAAACAACAUGGAAGGCUUCCUUGGAAGAGGCUUGUAAGGCCAGCUGAGCGUCUUGCUCGUUUGGGAUUUAAGGUAUCACCAUAUCUUCGCAUGCAGAUGGUCAGGACAGAAUCAGGGAUCUUAGCAGAUGCAGGACUCCGUGACAUAUUUACCUCAAAUGGAAGUCUCUUGCAGGCAAGCGAUAUAUGCUACAACAAGAAACUAGGGCAGACACUCAGAUCAAUUUCAAAGUUUGGUCCAGUGGCCUUCUAUAAUGGUUCGGUUGGAUUCAAUUUGAUUAGGGAUGUUCAAAAGCUUGGAGGGAUAUUGAGAAUUAAGGACUUGCAAAGGUAUCGAGUUAAGUUGAAAGAAGCCAUCACUGCUAACGUUUUAGGGCUUAAAAUACUUGGCAUGCCUCCUCCUUCAGGGGGUCCUCCAAUGAUACUUAUGCUAAACAUUCUUGCUCAAUAUCCAAUCCCUUCAGGUAUUUCUGGCCCUCUUGGCGUCCAUCGAGAAAUUGAAGCUUUAAAACAUGUAUUUGCAAUGAGAAUGAAUCUCGGUGAUCCCGACUAUGUUGAUGUGUCCAGAUUUCUAUCUGAUAUGCUCUCUCAUAAGUUUGCAAAAGACUUACAGAAAACCAUCAAUGACAAUAUGACAUUUGAUGCAGGUCAUUAUGGUGGUAGAUGGAAUCAGAUCCAGGAUCAUGGCACCAGUCAUAUGUCAAUCGUAGAUCAUGAACAAAAUGCUGUUUCCAUGACUUCUACCGUGAACUCAUAUUUUGGUUCACAAAUACUGUCACCAACUACAGGAAUAGUCCUAAACAAUGAAAUGGACGAUUUCUCCAUCCCUAUGAAUGUUACUGCAGGUGUUCCACCUCCAGCACCACCAAAUUUUAUCAGCCCAGGGAAAAGGCCAUUAUCAUCCAUGUCACCCACUAUCAUCUUAAAGGAUGAGCACUUGACAGCCGUGGUAGGUGCAAGUGGGGGAGGCAUGAUCAUUGCUGGAAUUGCAGAGGUUUUCUUGAAUCAUUUUGCCAGGAAAAUGGAUCCUCUCUCUUCUGUCAUGGCGCCAAGAUUCUAUCACCAGCUGAUACCCAAUGUUGUAUACUAUGAGAACUGGACAACUGUGAGCGGCGACCACUUUGAAGUCCCUGCUGAUAUCAGGGCAGCCCUUCAAAAGAAAGGCCAUGUCCUACAGAGCCUCUCCGGUGGGACUAUUUGCCAGUUUAUAGUUCAAGAUGCAGAUGGUUUGAAGGAAAAUGGAGGAAUUGGAAAGCUUGUGGCUGUGAGUGACCCAAGAAAAGGCGGGUUUCCUGCCGGUUUUUGAAAUCCUUCAUUAUUAGACAAUGAGUUCUCAUCCUUACACUACACUUAGUAAGGAAAAAAAAUAAAUAGAUAAAAAAUAAAAGUAGGUAGUCGUUAAUAAGGUUGCCGGCUCUUGUUUGGCUGCUGGCCAGUUAUUAUGGUUUGGUUCCCUUCGUUUGUUGCUGAACCUCUGGUAUUGUAAGGCACAAAUAAAUAGAAAGAGUUUUCUGUUU